AUGAACCAACCCACUCCACGGAGCGUCAACACUCACGCACCAGACCCAACUGGUAGGCUCACCAUGCUCACAUCACACACACCCCUCAGACUCAUCUCCUGCUCCUUGCUGCUCCUCCUCCUCACCUCAGGCUCCACCUCAAAGGAGAGCUGGUCUCCCACAGCUGGGACAGACAGCCAAAAGGUCCUGAUUCUGGAUGCAGUUAAGACGGGGAUCCUCAGAUCUCUGGGUUUGGACAGAGAGCCCUGGCCGACUCCAAAGGCCUCACAGCAGGAGCUGAAGAAGAUGCUUCAGCUCUACAGGGAACAAAUAAGUGAGAUGAAGAGAAAUGCCAGCCGACAAGUGAGGAUGGCCAGGCAGACCUCUACCACUGCUGUCCUUUUUCCAGUGAAGCCAGUGCUAUGGAGGGUCUAUCCCCGCCCGGGCCAUCGGAUCACUUGGUAUCGAGCUAUUUUUCAGAAGAAUCCAAAUAUUCAGCGUGACAUGACUUUAUCCCAGGCACAACUGAAACUUUCCACGCAUGUUUUAGAUGAGAACAACACUAACUCUGAGGUGAGCCAGAAGAUUAAAGUUAAAAUCAACGGGAUAAAACCAGUGACCUCUGCUCUGGGAACCAACACACACUCAGGGGUACAAAGUCAAGCUUCAAGCAGUCAAGAACUGAUGCUGGACAUCAGCCCAGAGGUGAAGAGAUGGAUGAGGACUGAUGGUCAGCCACUGGUUGUAGAUGUUGGAAUAAAUCAACUCAAGCGAGAUGACCACAAGCUAAGUCCAGUUAUUACUCUGGAGCUGGGCCUGAUGGGAGCUCAUCCUGCACAAGGAGCAAGGCUGCGUCGCUCCAACAAGGAAGACGUCUGUGACGAACAGGGACUGUGCUGCAGGAAGUCAUUAACCGUGUCAUUCAAAGACAUCGGCUGGACGGACUGGGUGGUGGCCCCAACAGAAUAUACAAUGCAUUAUUGUGACGGUGCUUGCCCCCACAACUAUAAGCCUGCGAGCAUGCACACGCAGGUCAAGUCCCGGCUCCACCAAAUCACCAAAGGAGGGACGCCUCAUCCCUGCUGUGUGCCGGCAGCCUAUGAGCCUAUGGUGCUGAUGCACUAUGACAGUAGGGGACGAUUGAAACUGACGCCAUUCAACGACCUCAUCGUCAGUAAAUGUCAUUGUGCCUGAGAACCCCAUCCACCCAUCCAUAAAACUUUUUCAGGUUACCUCUAACCUCUAGAUAAAAAUAUUGACUGAAGCCU